CUUUUGCAUGCAUACACGAGUAUGUAUGCACACAUUCUCAUAUUUUCCUCCAAAUAAACAUUCGUCCAUCGGUUGCACCUUCAAAACCGGCUUAAGCACAAGGCGUGUAGAGGUAAGCUUAAGCGCCAGAUUAUUAGCCAUCGCUUGGCGCUUAUAUUGUUAUUGUUGUGGUCAUGAGAGACCAUAAAGAAAUUACCGUCACUCACGUCCAUUCUCUUGUGCACCGUUGAAACGUGCAGACCUCUGUGAGCUUGGUUGUUGUGCGCGAGCGCUAUAAAUACGUUCAAUACCAUUUUGAUUUCAUCUGUUUGAAUUAAUUUAAACCAGAGUAAAGUACAUGAGAACUUCAGCAAAUCUGCCAGAGUUUCUUCAGUUGAUUUCGUGAACUAAAUUUUGGCUUUGCAACUUUUUUUUAGUCGCUGUGCUUGGUCCGGGACACGUAGCAAUAAGAGUGAAACACAAAAUAAAUAAAAUUUAUAAAUAACAACACAAAACGUAUGAAUGUAAAUUUGACUUGUUAAUUGAACUAAUAAGAAUUCGCAAAAAAAUAAAUAAAAUAAAAAAAAAACACGACGAAAAUGUUCGAAAUUGAAACGAAAUCCGUGAUUUUGUUAUUGCCAUUCAUAUUCGCUGCCUCGACAAGCGGCCAAUGUGUACAAAGUGAUGGCGCAAACAAGCUUGAUGUCACUAUUUUGUAUGAAUCCCUUUGCCCGGACAGCAUUCGUUUUAUGAGCAGACAACUGGCACCGUCUUAUGGAAAGCUUAAACAAGAUAUCAAUAUAAAUCUGGUACCAUUUGGAAAAUCACGUUCUGUCAACUAUGGCAACGAGUUCUUUUGCCAACAUGGACCAGCUGAAUGCGCGGGAAACCGCCUGCAGUCUUGUGUUUUAAAUCAAAAAAGUACACAGGAUCAGCGAGUACGUUUCGCCAUUUGCCAAAUGCUUGCAAAGGAUAAACAAAAUGUGGAAGAUUGUACCGAUUUGGUUGGCCUCAGCAGCGAUGUUGACAAUUGUGUUGACACGCCGGUGGGCACACAGUUGCAAUUGUUGGCCGAGCAGGUGACCAACCAGUAUUCGCCCUCAUUUGUACCGACAAUCGUUUAUAACGGUGUUUUCAACCAACAACUGCAGGAUGCUUCACUGCAAGACUUCCACGGCACUGUUUGUUUGCUGCUGCAGAAAUGCGGCAUUGCCAACGAGUCUUGCGCUGAGUAAAUUGGGCACAGAGGUGGAGAGUUGGUGCAAGUCAUUGAAUGUGGAUGGGUAAAGCUACGAAAUCUCUUCGAAAAAUUUAAGUAUGUGUGUAUAUAUGUUACAUGUCUUUCUGUAUUUUAAGAAUCGACAAAAUCAACGAGAGAAAAUAAACAAAUCAAUUGAAUUUAAAAAA